CUCUUCUCUCUGGAGCCAGUCAGGAUUUGCGAGAUCAGUACACAUGCGCGGGAACCUGCGCCUUUCAUAACCUGUCUGAUUGGUUGUGCGAGCAACAAUAAGUUGCAAUAAGUUCUCGUUCAUUCUUCGUUGCUUCGCCGUAAUUUUUGACGAGUGUGCUGGUUAAUAUCGUCACGUAAUAAAAAAAAAAAAAAAACAUUUCUCAAAGAAUGGAAUAUUCAGGAAUCGGAGACAGUUUACUGAUACUUCGAUUCGAUAGUUAACUGGACUGGAAGAAGUGCAAGGACACACACUUUGACAGCUCGUCUUCUUGUUCUCUACUACACGGCGUGUACGUGCGAGUGUCUCGAACGAACGUUUCUUUGUGUAUUCGCGGAAAAAAAAAAUUUAUACGCGACAAGUGCAGCGAAUUAUUUGUUCGAAAAAAUUGCGGAUAGUCUCUUCGACGUAUUCCAGUAAAGUGUUAAUUGUUACAUCCCGGUCUAAAAGUUGCGAGACGCAAAGAUAAAAGAACGAUUGAGAAUAUCUUAUGACUUGCUGGUGCGCACUGGUAGUUGUAUCAGUUGGAUAAUCUAUCAAUAUAAAUUUAUAUUCGUCUCGAACACGUUUUUAAACACUGAGUACCAAAUGUCAAAGUUGAACAAACUCAACCUAAAACUACCAUCCGGCCCGAUAGAACCAGUACCGCAGCAAUCGCCAUCGCCGAAAACGGUCACAUCUCUGUCCACGUACUCAGAACCGUCAGUGAUACCAGACGAUGCAAAAACCAAAUUGGGCAUAGAUGCCAUCCAAGAGGAAUUAGAAGAAUUAGAGAUGACAAUGGACGAGGAGCAACGAAAACGAUUAGAGAACUUUUUAGUACAGAAAGACAAGGUUGGAGAACUGUGCGAUGAGGAUUUUGAAAAGUUAGGCGAAUUGGGCGCUGGCAAUGGUGGGGUUGUUAUGAAAGUCAGGCACAAAAAGUACGGCCUCAUAAUGGCAAGAAAGCUAAUACACUUGGAAGUAAAACCAGCCAUUAAGAAACAAAUAAUCAGAGAAUUAAAAGUGCUUCAUGAAUGUAACUUUGCGCACAUAGUUGGAUUUUACGGCGCUUUUUACAGUGACGGAGAGAUUAGCAUAUGUAUGGAAUACAUGGACGGUGGAUCGUUAGACUUGAUACUGAAAAAAGCAGGACGAAUACCCGAAAACAUCCUAGGUAUAAUUACAUCUGCUGUUUUGAAAGGCUUGAGCUACUUACGUGACAAACACGCUAUAAUGCACCGAGACGUUAAACCGAGCAAUAUUCUAGUUAAUAGCGCGGGUGAGAUCAAAAUCUGCGACUUCGGUGUCUCCGGGCAACUGAUAGACUCGAUGGCCAAUUCGUUCGUCGGCACACGGAGUUACAUGUCGCCCGAGAGACUUCAGGGAACACAUUACACAGUGCAAAGUGACAUCUGGUCACUCGGAUUGUCGCUCGUGGAAAUGGCGAUAGGUAUGUAUCCUAUUCCACCACCGGACGAAAAGACCAUAGCUUCCAUAUUCAGUUCUCCGGCGGCACAACCGACCGCGGAGACUGUAACGACCAACAACGCGCAGUCCACCCCAACACAGUCACCGGGACACAAUGCAAGUAGUCCAAGGCCUAUGGCGGUGUUCGAGCUGCUGGAAUACAUAGUCAACGAGCCACCGCCAAAAUUGCCACCUGGAAUAUUCAGUGACGCUUUCACAGAUUUCGUUGAUCGAUGCUUGAAGAAAAAUCCAGCCGAGAGGGCAACUUUGAAAAUGUUAAUGAAUCACGAGUGGAUAAAGAAAGCGGAAUCGGAGAACGUUGAUUUUGCCGGAUGGGUGUGCCGUACAAUGGAUUUGCAACCGACCACGCCGACACACUUAUCGAGCGUGCAGUCCUGAAUAAAUGUAACUCUUACAUACUUGACUACAUAUAUUCGUGUUAGCUCCUACUCCUAAGUCACUUAUUAGUUAUUUAAGUUUCCAUUCCAUCAAACGGUGGCGUUAUCCUCUUUUUCUAUCGUCAUGUGUCUAUUUGCGAAAGCUGAUAUAUAAAUCGGAAUUCGAUGGGCAUCAGAUCUAUUGAAUGAGUGUUACGACUUGACUGUGUGAGAACCACUGUGAGUGAUUCGAGAUUACAGGGAUUUGAACGUAGUUGUAAGGCACAGUUAAGAUUAAAAAAAAUUGUUUCGAAUCAUCUCUAUAUCUCGGUUGUUUUCUUGGUUUUACGAGGGGGGGAGGGGAAGAGGCGAAUCGAUUAAACAUUAAAAAUGUUUCAAAAGAAUUUCCAAAGUAUCACGUCGCGCACGGAUGUGUACGCGUAUAAGUGUAUUUCUAACUAAUUCGCACGGACGAGAAUUGCAUUCUGUCCCAAUUUUUCAUUCGCUUGGUGCAAGAUGUGUUCUUGUCGUCCAAAGUAACUUUACACAUAAAUACGCCACUGUGCCAAAUUUAUUAAUUUUUACAAAGUUUUCCUUGUGUGUAUUCUUCGUCUUAUGCCUUAUGUUUAAAGUAUGUAAGAUGAUAUCAAGUAUUGGAUUAUAAGUUUAUCGUUAGAGAAAACAGUUAUGAAACAAGAAUUGUGUUCCCCCGUGAUACGAUAUUUAGGAUACUCAAAUACGAGCAUGUGUGUGUAAUUUACAAUUUAAGAAAAUUUAACUAGAGAUCGAGUAUAUAACAUUUGUACCUGACAUCCAUAGAAGCGUUGUUAUUUGCACGAUCAAAAAAAAAAAAAAACAAACAAAUUUACACUCUUGUCAUAUUAAACUUUUUAUAUUAACGUAUGGCUGCGAUUUCUAACACACAACUUUGUAACUCAACUUCAAUUGUUUCAUCGUGUUUACACGCACACGAUGAAUCCAAAGUUCCUUCAUAUAAUUUAACAGCGUGUAUAUGACAAUUUAUCUUGUUCGUAAAAAAUCGUUUUUUACGAUACGCGAUUUAGAUACUUCAGAUUCCAAUUAUAAAUUUGUACGCACAAUGCGCGCGCGCGCUCGCUUCUCAUAGAUUUACAUAUUAUGUCAUUAUGUAGACGGAAAAAGCAUUUCAUCAUUGUUUACAUUCAUAGCAUAUAAAACUGUUAUCUUCUUUCCUAUUAUAGCAAAAAAGAUAUAGAUGAUAAAAUUGGCGGUGGUAAAUAAUUUCUCGGAUCAACGGAUUU